CGUUUCCCAUGAGGUUCUUAUAGGAAAUCUAUAAUCUUCCUUCAACGCUCAUCUCACGCCGGUCCGGCCGUCUCCAUUCUGGCUUCAUAAAUCGUUCACAUGGUUCAGCAGCCUCUCAAAUUCACACUACUCACUCGCUUUCACGCAUCCCAUACACCCUCACCAACCUUGUGGUCCCAUCUCUUUCACCGGGUUCUGGAUUCUCCGGCGGUUUCUUCUUAGGCAAAUCGCUAGCAUUUCAGACAGGAGUGCCCUUGAGCAAGACACAGGAAGGAAAAUGGAAAAGGCUCUAUUAGAGAAAACCACAGAGGUGGAAAAUGAAGAGGACCUACACAUAACAUGGCGUAUGUUUUCUCAAGAAGUGAAAGCGGUUUGUUCUGUAGCGGGGCCUAUGGUGGCUGUGAAUGCUUCAACCUUCUUUCUGCAAACCAUCGCUCUGAUGAUGGUGGGUCACUUGGGUAAACUUGCUCAAUCUAGCACUGGUAUUGCCAUCUCUCUGUGUGCUGUCACAGGCUUCAGCGUCAUCUUUGGAAUGGCUACUGCACUUGAAACACUAUGUGGGCAAGCCUAUGGAGCUAAGCAAUAUAAGAAGUUUGGUGUUCAAAUAUACACUGGCAUCUUCUGUCUCAUUUUAUGUUGUCUUCCUCUUUGUGUGUUGUGGUUCAACUUGGGGAAGCUGUUGGUUUUGCUUGGUCAAGACCCUUUAAUUUCAUAUGAAGCUGGCAAAUUUGCAGUUUGCUUGAUUCCAGCUCUCUUUGGUUACGCAAUACUUCAAGCCCUGGUUCGAUACUAUCUUAUGCAGAGUUUGAUCAUUCCUCUUCUACUCUCUUCCUCAUUUACUAUUUGCUUCCACAUAGCUUGUUGUUGGGUACUAGUUUUUAAAUCUAGUUUGGGUCGUUAUGGAGGAGCAUUUUCCAUCGGUGUUUCAUACUGGUUGAACGUGAUCUUACUUGCAUCAUAUAUGAGAUUUUCUGAUUCUUGUGCAAUGACUCGGGCUCCAAUUUCCAUGGAGCUUUUCCAAGGCAUUGGAGAGUUCUUUCGCUUCGCUAUUCCUUCAUCUAUAAUGGCUUGCCUCCAAUGGUGGUCAUAUGAGUUGACGACAUUACUUGCUGGUCUUCUACCGAACCCACAGCUUGAAACUUCAAUCUUAGCCGUCUGCGUAUCAAUGAACGUUACAAUCUAUUCAAUACCAGAAUCAAUUGGCUCAGCGGCCAGCACAAGAGUUUCUAAUGCAUUAGGAGCUGGACGUCCACAAGCAGCACGACUGUCUGCCUUAUGUUCUAGGAUUCUAGCAACUUGUGAGGCUCUUAUAGUGAGCUCAGUUGUUUUUGCAAGUCGGAAUGUUUUAGGCCAUGUUUUUAGCAAUGAACCGGAUGUGUUGGAAUAUGUCACAAAAAUAGCUCCUCUGCUAGUUCUGUCUGUCUUUGUAGACUCCUUGCAAGGUACCCUUACAGGGAUUGCUAGGGGAAGUGGGUGGCAGCACAUCGGGGCAUAUGUGAAUUUCGGAACUUAUUAUAUUGUUGGCAUUCCACUUGCUGCAAUAUUGGGUUUCUGGAUAGGCAUGGGAGGAAAAGGCCUUUGGCUUGGAAUAACAACGGGUACACUCUGCCAAGUGAUUGUGCUAUUGAUCAUAAUAAGUUGUACAGAUUGGACGAAGGAGGCAAGACGAGCUAGGGAGAGGGCGUUGCAGAGAGCUUUAGCAGAAGAAAAUGUUUUGGUUUGACCAAUCAGGGUGUAUUAUUAUUUUGGCUAAAAAAAAAAAAUCAGAGUGUAUUAUUAUUAUUAUUUUUAUUUUUUUUUUGGGGUAAAAAGAGUGUAUCAUUUAUUUGUUGUGCCAGCUAUUGGGUAAAAGUCAGAUAUAUGAUGGUAAUAAUGAAGAUGGCGGGAUAACACUUUUACAUCAGCAA